AUGCUUCGGCGUAAGCCAACAGCAAUAGCUGUGACAUCAGAAGACCUUGCUGCCUUCGAAGAUGCGCGACUUCGCAAGCUGAUCCAAAGAAACGGAGAUACAAGUCAUGCCAAGGAGAUAUAUCCUCUCAACUUUGACCCAAGCGACGAACUAAAGCCUUUGCCUGGAGACAAGGCAAGAAUCGUCCGUUCGCGCGAGGAGCGAAUAGGCGUU